AUGUCUAUAAACAGCAAAUCUGAUGCUCCUUUGGUGACCAACGCCCUGGACGCGGAAUUCGAAAACUUUUGGAAAACGGUUAGCUGUUUUGCGGCCAACAGCUUUCCCUUCGAGGACCGAUGCGAGUUCGUCAAAAAGGCGGAGGACUGCAUUGCGAGGACCAAUGUAGUUCCAUACAUGAGACUCUUGGCCUGCGAUCUGAAGUGCAUCAAUUACUUCGAGGAAAUGAUCUUCAUCAUCUUGUUCGUGGCGCUCUGCUUCCAAAUUCUGGUCUUACUGAUCUACACGAUCAAUGUUUACUAUAGUCCUGCUCUGAAGGUGGUAUCACGAUUUCUCCAUAUGAACGAGCAUUUGGCUGGAGUUACCAUGAUGGCCUUUGGAAACACUUCCGCCGACCUCUUCGCCAACUUGGCCAGUGUUGACCGACAUGUGCCUGUGUUGGCCAACAGCUUGUCGUCGGCCCUGUUUGUGAUAACGAUUUCCGGCGGCCUAAUAUGCUACAUUUCCCCCUUCAAGAUGAAUUCCUACGAAACGGUCCGCGACAUUUUAUUUCUUUUGUUCGCGACAUUUUUGAUGGAUUACUUUUCAUGUAAAGUAACCCAUUUCAAACUGGGCAACAACUUGAAAUUUCUCAGUAAGCAUAACAGACCAAGGAUGUCAACUUUCCGCAAAAAUGUAAUAGCCUUAAGUUAAAUUUUAGUUG